AUGCCACGAAAGGCCGCUGCAGCUACCGAUGCGUCUGCUAAUGAUGCUCCGGCUCCUCGUCGUUCCUCCCGCAUAAAGGAGCAGCCCAAAACUGAAAUCGCCCCGAAGAAGGCAGCUAAGCCCCGGGCGAGGAAACCUAAAGCUGCUGAAAAGGAGCCCGAGGUGGCGAAGGAAGACGUGGAGAAGGAGCCUGAGGCUGCCGAUGCGCCUGAGGAGAAACCGGCCGAAGUCGCUGAGCCAGAGGCGAAACAGGAUGGUAAGGAUAAGGGCGAGGAAGAAGGUGAGGCGGAGACAGCGGAGGAGGAGGCCCCCGCGAAGCCUAAGUCUACCCGUGGGCGCAAGCGAAAGGAUAGCGGCGAUGAGCCUAACGGCACUGAAGAGGCUGAGAAGCCGGCUUCUAAGAGAGCCAAACCCGCAUCCAGGGCUAAGCCCGCUUCUAAGGCUGCUGCGAAGGCAGACAAGCCAGCAUCAAAGGUAGAGAAACCCGCAUCCAAAGCCGCCGAGAAACCUGCAUCCAAGGCCUCAGCCAAACCUGCGUCUCGUGCCGCCUCCGCUAAGCCUCCAUCGACGACCAAACCCGCUUCUCGUGCCGGGUCCAAGAAACCUGUCUCCAAGGUAGAAGGGCAAGAACCUGCACCGAGUACCAGUGCCGCAGUCGAUGAAACUAUCGCCGAAGAACCAGAAGCAGAGCAGGCUGCUACUGAUGCUGCUGCAUAA